CGUUGCAGCCCACCCCACACCACCUCCACAUUUUAAACCCCGACGCCGCCGCACCAUUCAUCCACACGCCGCAACGCCAGCCCUCCUCCAAACCUCCCCGUCCCCAUCUCGGCAUCUCCACCUCCAUCCGUCAGCAAGCAAGCGAUCCCGUCCAAACCAUGGCCCUCCGCGCGCUGGACAACACGCUGCCGGCCGCCGUGGCGGACCAGCGGCCCAAGAAGGCCGCCAAGCUGCUCCCCACGCCGCCCGCCCGCUCCCCCACCGGCAGCGGCGUCAACGGCAACGGCAACGGCAACGGGAAGAAGCAGCAGCAGCAGCGCAACGACGAGAACUCGGCGCCGACGCCCAAGCCCGCGUCGCCGGUGGCUGCGGAGCCGGCCGUGGAGUACGUCCGGUCCGAGGACCUGCCGCCCGUGCCUAGCCCCAAGGCCCGCGCCGCCGGCCUCGUCGCGGGGCUCGACUCCAAGGACUGGGUCAAGGUCUGCGAGUCCCUCAACGACGCCCGCCGCCUCGCCGUCCACCACCCCGCCCUCCUCGCCCCCAUCCUGGAGAAGGUGGUGCUGGGGAUCGUGAAGACGAUGAAGAACCCGCGCAGCGCGGUGCUCAAGACCUCCGUGAUGGCCUGCGCGGACGUCUUCGCCGGCUUCGGCAACCUCAUCUCCUCGGCCUCCGCCGACGCGUUCGACAAGCUGCUGCUGCAGCUGCUGCUCAAGGCGUCGCAGGACAAGCGGUUCGUGUGCGAGGAGGCCGAGAAGGCGAUGCGCGCCAUGGCCACCUCCAUGCCGCCGCUGCCGCUGUUGAAGAAGCUCAGGGCCUACGUCCACCACGCCAACCUCAGGGUCCGCGCCAAGGCCGCCGUCGCCAUGGCGCACUGCGCCGCCAGGAUGGACGUGGAGACGAUGAAGGAGUUCGGGCUGCCGGCGCUGCUGCAGGUGGCCGCGGAGCUGCUCAACGACCGGCUGCCGGAGGCGCGCGAGGCCGCCCGCAGCAUCGUUGGCUCCACCCACGCCGCCUUCUUCAAGGAGGCCGUUGAGAAGGAGCAGGAGAAGAAGGCCGUGGCCAAGAUCGUCUCGCAGUUGCAGCCGCAGCCGCAGCCGCAUGAUCCACGCGAGAGUGAGCAGCUGGUGAGUGAUUGCUUGCUUGCGUGCGUGCGUGCUUCCAGGAACCGGAAGAAAAUCCUCCCCCAUCUUCUUCUUCUCCCUCCUCUUAUCUCCUGUCCCCGUCCGCAUUCCCGCACGUUCGUUCUUGUUCCUUUCUUGAUGGACGGGGGGCAGAGCGUCGCCAAGCGGCACGCCGCCGGCGCCGAGGAGGACCCUGACCGGCACCGCACUCCUCCUCCUGUCCAUGCGGCGGCGGAUGAUCUUGACGACGAUGGCGAAAAGAAGGCGUCUCGCCCCAGCAGCAGCAGCAGGCGGGUCGCCUCCCUCGACGUCUUCCGCGGCCUCACCGUCGCUCUGAUGAUACUGGUGGACGGCGCCGGCGGCGAGUGGCCGGUCAUCGGCCACGCGCCGUGGCACGGCUGCAACCUCGCCGACUUCGUCAUGCCCUUCUUCCUCUUCAUCGUCGGCAUGGCCGUCCCCCUCUCCCUCAAGAGAAUUCCAGACCGCGGCCGGGCCGUCAGGAGGGUGGUCAUAAGAACGCUGAAGCUGCUCUUCUGGGGGAUCUUGCUGCAAGGCGGUUACUCCCAUGCUCCAGAUGAACUCACCUAUGGGGUUGACAUGAAGCACAUAAGAUGGUGUGGUAUCCUCCAGAGGAUUGCCCUUGCAUACUUGGUUGUCGCAGUCAUAGAGAUCGCCACGAAAGACGCGAGGGUUCAGGAUCAGUCAAGCUCGGGCUUCUUCUCAGUUUUCAGGCUGUACCUGUCCCAAUGGAUUGUCGCAUGUUGCAUUCUUUUGAUCUACUUGUCCCUUGUUUACGGGGUUUACGUUCCUGACUGGGAGUUCACGGUGCGAAAUGUGGAUAGCCCGAACUACGGCAAAGUUUUAACGGUGGCAUGUGGCACAAGGGGAAAUCUGAGCCCUCCUUGCAAUGCUGUAGGUUACAUCGACCGUAAAGUUCUCGGCAUCAAUCACCUGUACCAGAAACCUGCAUGGAGGAGGCACAGGGACUGUACUGAUGAUUCCCCACAUGAGGGGCCUUUCAAAAGGGACGCCCCGGCAUGGUGUGCCUCGCCAUUUGAACCUGAAGGUUUACUAAGCUCAUUUUCAGCGGUGUUAAGUACGAUCAUUGGCGUACACUACGGGCACGUGCUUGUUCAUAUGAAGAGUCAUAUGGACAGGCUAAAGCAGUGGGUCACCAUGGGCGUAGCUCUCCUCCUCCUUGGAAUCAUUCUGCACUUCUCUCAUGCGAUUCCUCUGAACAAACAGCUGUACACGCUCAGCUACAUCUGCGUGACCGCCGGCGCCGCUGGCAUCAUCUUCUCCAUGCUUUACUUCCUUGUCGACGUCGUGCACCUGUGCUAUGUCUUCGCGCCGCUGCGGUGGGUCGGCAUGAAUGCGAUGCUGGUGUACGUGAUGGCCGCGGCGGGCAUCUUUGAGGGCUUCCUCAACGGCUGGUACUACGACGGGCCCAACAACACACUGGUUUACUGGGUGAGGAAGCACGUGUUCGUCCGGGUAUGGCACUCAGCCAGGGUGGGCAUCCUCCUCUACGUCCUUGUCGCGCAGAUCCUGCUCUGGGCGCUCAUCGCCGGCCUCCUCCACCGGGCCGGGGUUUACUGGAAGCUCUAGCCACCCAUGAGGGUAUUGGUGUCAUCAUUUGCUUGUGUGUUGGAAUUGUGCAGAAUGUGUGUAAGAAGACAAGGAAGGUGCAAAAGCAUUUCAACAUGAUCCCAAGCAGAAGCAUGACUAAGCUUCAAAAAGCUACAAGGGCUGCACCUAGUGAGAUGAGAUCUAUGGUUCAGAGGUGAAGCAGAAGCAGUAUAGCCUAUGGGACUAUGGGGGGAGAAUUCAUACAUAAGUAAUUAGCAAUCUAGAAUGUCACAUUUGUUAACUUAUGAUUAGCACAUUGUUAGCUUCUGAUCAUCCACAGUCUGAUCCAACUGUCCAGAAAUAUAAACUUGUAUCCAGUCUGAUGCAUGUAGUAAGCCAUCUUUGAUUUUCUGAAACUGUUCGCAAGGCAGAGGACUGUUAGGCAGAGACUAGUGUUACAAGCAAAUCCAAUGCCAGCCGAGUCAUCUUUCA